GCGCGCCGUAAACGCGUAAGCGCCCCGAGAGCGGAGCGCGGCGCAAUGCAGUGCCGUCAUAAGGCGGAACUUCCGGUCCAAGCACGCCUCCCCAGGAACUUCAGCGGGGACCUUGUGGGCAGACAGAAAUGGACUCAGAAAUCAAGGAAGAAAUCCCUGUACAUGAGGAAUUUGUUCUGUGUGGUGGAGUUGAAACACAGGUUCUAAAAUGUGGUCCCUGGGAUGACCUCUUUAAUGAUCAAAAUGUCAACAGACCUAAACUGCUUAUUUUCAUUAUUCCUGGUAACCCGGGUUUUUCUUCUUUUUAUGUGCCAUUUGCAAAAGCUUUGUACUCUUUGACAAACAGAUGCUUUCCAGUUUGGACUAUCAGUCAUGCUGGACAUGCCUUGGCCCCCAAAGACACGAAGAUUCUUACAACAUCAGAAGAUGCAAAUGCUCAAGAAAUUAAGGACAUCUAUGGACUACAUGGUCAGAUAGAACACAAACUAGCUUUCCUGAGAACCCAUGUGCCAAAGGAAGUAAAGCUUAUGCUCAUUGGCCAUUCAAUAGGCAGCUACAUUGCUCUUCAGAUCUUGAAGCGUGCCCCUGAGCUUCCAGUCAUUCACACCUUUCUGCUAUUCCCAACCAUUGAGCGAAUGGCUGAGUCACCCAAUGGCAGGAUUGCCACUCCAUUUCUGUGCUGGUUUCGAUAUGCUCUCUAUGUCACUGGCUACUUAUUACUUAAACCAUGUCCUGAGAAAAUCAAGUCCUUGAUAAUCAGAAUGGGCCUUCAAGUAAUGAACCUGAAGACUGAAUUUUUACAGACGAAUAUAUUACAACCGUUCUGCCUUGCUCUGAAAAAUUCAAGGAAUCAAAAUAUUCAAGUAUUUCAAAUGCUGCUACCCUUUGGCAAAGAUGGUGCAUCCCUUCAUGAAGACUGUGGCAUUAGUGUUCUUCUCCGGCGUAUGUGAAACAUCAUUUCCUACCCAGCAUUCAGAGAAGAGUAACGCUAAUCCAGUUAGCAUGCAUUAUAAACACUACCAGUGUUCACCAGUGGUAUCUGUAUAACUAGAUUGUUUUAAAUGUUAUUUUUAAAGAAUGUUCGUGGAUAUUUUCCUCCUUUAUUUCAAGUAUGGAAUGUUUGCUACUCCAUAUUUUCUUUAGAGUAAAUGUUCUUCCAUCUCAUGAGAAGUAGACUUUCCUCUCAGACAACUAAAUUGGAUUUUCUGAUCAAAGCUAAAAGAAGAUAUAUUUUAGCUCAGCAGUUUCACAGGUCAAAUAAUUAACUUUUUAAAAAUAUUCUAAGUUCUUUUCAUUAGGCUAAAUUGAUGUUAAUUCCUUUCAGUUACCUAACUAGAAAAACAGCACAGAGAAAUAAAGAAUUCCUGAUGGGUUACUUUGUUGAAUAUGUUCUUGCAAAAGAAACUUUCACAUUUUUCCUUUCUUUAAUCAAUAUCAAAGUAACUUUUUAAAAUAUUUACAGUGACAUCUAAUGAACUGAACUAUUUAAUGAGCUGACAACACAAGAUUCACUGAAGAAUCACAAAUUUCUUAGAGUAUUUUUAACUCAAACACAUUAAUUUUUUUUAUUAAGAAGAAACCCCCUUGCUACCUAUUCUUUCACUUGUGUGAGCAGCUUGUAAAAAUAAAACCCAACUGCAGUUUUUAACGAUUCUUAUAAGUUCUACCUCAAAUUCAGGAAUAAAGGGGAAAACAAGGCGUUUUUGGCUUUUGUAGUGUUUGGAUUUAGGGCCAAGAGUGAUUAAAUCUGAUGUGAGGAUAUCAUCUCCCUUUUAGAAACAAAUGGGCCUGUGAAUAUCCUACUGUAUUUUUCUGAAGAAAUCUUAGAUUUUAAAAUUAUCUUUCAGUCUAAAAAGUUGUAUUAUUAAAAAAAAUAUGGUUAUCUUGGGUUGCAUUUUUCUUUUGGGUGAAUGCACUGUCACUUGUGUGAGUUAUCAAUUUGCAGACUAAAUGGAUGAUCAUAAUAACCAAAAUCCUGGCUUACAAAGAAACACAUAAUAAAUCAAAUAAAUAAUUAACAUUUUUCCAUAUUACACAGAAAUUUUACAAUGGGAGAAUUUCUCUUUUAGUUCUGAUUUCUACAUUGUUAAAAGCCACAUUUGGCAUCAUUACUAAAUAUGGAAAACAACCUGGAAAAACUAAAGAACCGCUAAAGAAAUUCCCCUUGUUAAAUGGUUUCAUCCUAGUUUCUGAGCCUAUGUAGCCCUGCUAAAUCUUUUGACAGAACCUCCUGUUUUAUGGCUCUUUGAAUACCCCACCUUACUCUACUGGCAGUGGUGCAUGGAUUUUCAUAGAGUGGAAACUUCUUAGGUCUCCAGAAUACUUAAGUCUCAUAAUCUGACCUCAAUCCCAGACUUUGCUACCAUGCAGACCUGCUUGUCUCCAGCCUUCCUAACUCCCCUGUACCCCCAAAAUCUUGUUACCCUCAGGGAUAGUCAGAAGAUGUGCAAGGAGGGCCUACCCUUGAAAGGCUCUUUUCAGUCAGCCACUACAACUUCUUUCUCUUGGAAAUCCCUAGACUUGUGCAGAUGUCGUAUGAUGCCACCUUUCUCCCCCACUCCAUUGCCAGAAUCCCAUGGAAAUUAAGCAUAACAACCCCUGUGCUUCGGACAAAAACACUCAGAAAAUUCAAAGGCACUAUCUUUAUUUUUAUCAGCUGGGAUGAAUUUGACUAUAGUUAACAGAAAACUAUGAAUUUGACUAUAGUUAACAGAAAACUAUGAAUUUGACUAUAGUUAACAGUGGCCAAAACAGAGAGGUCAGUUUUUCUCAUGCACCAAGAAAUUGAGAUGUAGUAAGAUGAAGUAAAAAUCAUCCACACAAUGCCAUCAGGGCUGUGGGUUAUUGGUACAUUUCCACUCUGUUGGCCUUAGCAUGUAGACCUUUUUCCAAUGCUCAUCAUCUCAUGCUUACAUGAUGGCUCCCUAGGCCUCCUAUUUGACAUUCCAAUAGGAAACAAAAAGCAUUGGGGAGAGGUAAAAAAGCAAAAGGUCUAUUCCUAAUUAGCCUUUGGGUUAUUAAGAAAGAGAAAUCCUUCCCAGGAUUUUCCUCCUCUAGAUUAAAAGCCAAAACUGUCACAUCACUCCCUAAAAGGGAUAUAGAGAAGUCACACAUUGACUUUCCUCAUCUCUUGUUAGAGGAGGUCAAGGGAAAUGAAGAAUUUUUUUAUUGGCUUUUGGAUCAUUACACCAUUAUCUAUUACAGCCUCCUACAAGAUAGUCUUAAGACUCAUCUUUCAUGUAUUUAAUCACCUACCAAACACCUCACUAAGGCAGUUAACUCCAUUUCCUGUCCACCAUGACUAAAAUCUACCACAGCCAUGUUUAUCCAAAAUGUCUUCAGAGUUUAUAACCCUUGGCAAGAUAAAAACCUCAGACUAGGGUCUACAGUCUAUUUCUUAAUUGUUGCUGGCCUUCUGCAAAGAUGUCUGAAUGUAUCUGUUCAUGGGAGAGCCCAUUUCAGUUCCCAUGGUUAUUAUUAUAUUUUUUUUAUUUUAAGGGGAGUUUAAAAUAGAACAUGUUACUGUUUCACCUGUAUUAGUUGUUACUAGUGACUUCCCUUCCCAGCCACCCUUCGACAUAUCAUAUUUCAUACAUUUGAUUCUCUUGGCUUUUAUGACUGGGGAGAGGGUGAUGGCUAGAGCUGAUCAAACUGAGGGUAUGAAAGGGUACAUUGAGCAUCAAGAGAACCAGACAAGUACCUCUGCAUACCAUUGUUGCAUGGGUUAUACACAUGUUUUCUCUUGAUGUUCAUUUAAAAUCCAUCAUCAUGGAGAUAAAUGUACUAAACCUUUUUUUUUAUCCACCAAAUCUUAUAAGGAAUACAUUUUUUAAAAGAAUCAUUUUUCCUUAUAAAUAUCGUGAUUUAUUUUGGACAUAUAGACUCUGUUGGUCCCUUUAAAGACUUAAAGUGAUAAAAGUAAUAGUUCAGACAGAAUAGAUGAGGAGUAACCAUCACACUUUACACUGCAGUGUGUAUACCACACAUGGUAGAUUUCCUGUCUCCAUGAUUCACCUGCCCUAAUUACACUAUGCCUGUAUCCAGUAAUUCCCUUUGCUUCAGCACCUUUUCUCCCCACUAUGGUGACAAAGUCAUAGUAUUCUGUGGAAUCACCCAGUGGCACUAGACCAUAUAUUCCCAAAAUAGCAGGACAACUUUUCUUCUCAACUCCAAGUUCUGCUUCGGAAAGCUAUUCGUACAUCUCUUUAAAACCUUCCAUUUUAUCAUUACCUGUGACUUUAUUUGCCUCUCUAUUGUCCCUGGAUGCUAUCUAACUAGUGCUUAUGUAGCCUAGUUUCUGACUUGUCUCAACAGAAACUCCUGGACCUGCCCUCUAUCCUGUGAUUAUUUAUAUACUACUUGUAUACCAACACCUGUCAAUUUGGCCUAUCAAUGUUGGUGUGCUUUGGCCUCCACUUUUGGCCUCCAUUGUGAUCUCAGUUCUUGGACCACUUCAAAUGAGGCGGUAGACUUAUCCUCCUCACCCUCCAAAACUACUAGCCCUACGCUACCUCCUCCCUCAGUCCAUUCCAAUUUAUUUCAGUUAAUAACCUUCUUUCCAAAGACAUGCCAUAAACCAAAUUGUCAAACAUGGUGGAAAUAAUGAAUGAAAUAUAGGUCCUGCCCUUAAGUUACUGACAGUGCACUAGGAGAAACAAAUAUGGAAAAUGUUUAAUUUAACACAGUAAGGGCUCUCAUAAAAAUAGAUGCAGAAUGUGGGUGGUUCUUUGAAAGAGAGAUCAUUCUACCUGUAUAAAUAAUAGAGAAGAUAAGUAAGCUUGGACUUGAAGGUGACUUGGUAUUUUUCCAAACUGACAAAAUGGCACCAAUAUAAGUGACAGUAUUAAACAGAAGGCAGCCUUCUGCUAUAGAUUAUGUGCACUUGGAAAACUCAUUGAUAACAUUUGAACUAUGAAAUUAAUGUUCUACUGGUCUUCCAACUUUAACCCCCACUUAGAUAUUUCAAACCGUUUAGCUCUUCUACUAUAAGUUGAAGUCCCAAAGUAAUAUUUGAACAUUAAGUAGAUUUCAGAAGAUGGUGGUAGCCAAUAAAAUAGAUUGACUCCUCAGCGAGUCCUUUCUUCAUAUCUGUAUUUUUAUUUAUUUUUAAUAUGUAUUUUUUAGUUGUGGUUGGACACAAUACCUUUGUUUUAUGUAUUUAUUUUAUUUAUUUUUUUGUGGUGUUGAAGAUUGAACUCAGGGCCUCGCACGUGCUAAAUGAGCACUUUACUGAUGAACCACAACCCCGGCCCUUGUAUUUUUAUUUUUAAUGCAACUAAAGUAAACAAUUAACAUUCUUCCGAAUCAUUCUUUCUUUCAUGUUUUUGUUUCCAUUAUUCCUGGUACUAAACAUUUCCUUCACUAUGGUGCUUGAAACUCUGAAUUCUGCUGGGUUUCCAGGAAGGCUAUUGACAGUUAUUGCCAAGAGAAAUGUGUUUUCCACUUAGGAAAUUACACUUCUAUUUGGUAUUAUUAUUUCUGACCACUGUGCUGCAUUAAGAGCAUUUCUGAGGAAUGACAAAGAUGGCUUCCUACUGGAAAAUAAACUCGUGUUCUGGUUAAGUGUGGGGGGGCAUGGGUGGAGGGGAGAGUAUACUUAGAGGGAAAUUACCAAGAAAAAAAAAAUAAGAGUCAUAAUAAAGGGAUUGGGCACAUUUCCUGAUGAAACUUUUGUUUUAAAAAGUGUUAAAAAUCUCUACAAGUUCUUUGAAUUUUAAGUUUUUAAUUAAGAAAUGACAGAAAAAUGUUUAACUAUAAAAGUACCCCAUGAAUUAUAUCAGUACAGUGUUCCCUUAACUACCACCCAACUCAAGGUCCACUGCCUGGUUCUGAGAAGCCCCCUUUAAGCCCCUUUAAUCCCUUUUACACCAUCUCCAAAUGUAGUUACUCUCUUGACAUCUACUGAUACUAUUUAGUUUUGCCUAGUUUUGAACUCUGUCACUUGUUUGUCCUUUUGUAUCUGGCUUCUUUCAUGCAGCAGAGUGUGAUGUACACCUGAUUUGUUACCUGUGGUUUUUUCAUUUAAUUAUACUGUACUUUGCCAUUGGUUGAAUUACACUUCAAUGUAUUUAUUCUGUGUUGAUGGUGUUUGGGUCAUUUCCAGUUUGGGACUAUUAAAGGUAAUACUGAUCAA